AUAGGUAGAUUUGUCAUAAUAGAACGACGAUGAUAGCGAUUCCAGAGAGCGCAUACAUACAUGCGAAACCCCCCAGGGCAACCGCGCAAUAAUAAUAACAUGUUGCUCCGUACUACAUCUCGUAGCCCGAGCGGCUGCGUGUUCCUAUUUUAAUAAACGAACCAACGCUCCUCUCCCUCUCGGAGCAAAAUGCCAAAAUGCAAGCUUAACUUCGAUGAAUCUGGUAUUCGCAAUUUAAAAGCUCUUAGCUCUUAGCAUGUGGUGGUCGAGGUGUCAGCAAUAUCACUGUCACCGUACUACAGUCAUAUAUAGGUACCCUGAGAAGGAUUGGUCUAUAUCUGAAAAGUCCCGGGACUUAGCAUCCUACGCUAGAAAACUCACCCGUCAUCGCUGCGCAAUGGCACCGAGCCAAGCUCCUUCUGGUUUUCAAUUCAUCACCUCCAUCAACACGGUAGCGCGCGAUGACGAGACACGCCGGAAGGUGCGCUCGCACGCGCGGCGGCAGAAGCUACCCCAUGGCCCCAGCCAGCCGCCGCAGGGAACCAAGAAGUCCGGGUCGCAAAAGGACCACACGUCGAAAUUCCGGCUGAAGCCCAACGGCGGCAGCGGCAAGCAGGACGCGGUGGCGUCGAGGAGCGAGAGGAAGCUGAAGAAAACCAACUGGCUUGCUAUGCUGUAGAGAAAUGGUUCAAUCGCACCGGGGCGCCGACGUAUUUGAACACAUAUUAUUCCGG